AUGCCUUAUAUAUCUAAAUUCUCCUUUCCACUUCAAAAAUCGGAAGUUAUGUUCUUUGUUCUUCUAAGUGUCAGUGCAUGUUUAACGUCACAAAGAAUGCAUGGGCGUGCCUCGAAGUCUCAUGUUUCUCAGCUUUUGAUUAAAUAAAUACCCUGUUAUUGACUCAUCGGACAGAUAAGAAGAGCUCUGCGUUUCUUCGACCUUUGUUCAGGAUUAAUACGAGGUGUACAUUCACUUAUCCUGUGUCAGAAUGCUUCGGUUUUGGGACAUGAUUUUAAAGGCAAUUCUGGUGGUUUUCCUUACGAAUGGAGCAUUUACCAUUGGUAAGUCCAACGAAACGCACAAGCGAAAGAAGUUACGCUGAUAUGACGCGAUAUGUAGUCGACGCUGUCUAGUGCGCGCCGAAAUCCCAAUCUUGUUUGAAUUUCAGACAUAACAAGUCAUCCAGUAUUAAGACCUCUCUUAACACGCACUUUUGCGACUUUCUAAUUAUUGAUAAACAUAUGAGUUGCAUUACUGUAUUUGGAAUUUCAAAGCAUUCUUAGAGGACAUGAAUUUGCUAUUGCGUAGCUUUGUUUGGCAGGCAUAUACUGUUUCAACAAUGAUUCUUGUUUGUUCAUACUUACAUAUACUCAUAUAUUCUACAAGUGAAUUGCGCUAAAAUUUUCCUCACAACGGUCUGCUUUUGGCAAAGGAAGGCGUUUCGAUUUAUUUUUGUUCGUGUCUAAAUUAAAUGAUGGAACUUGCAACCACAAACUUCACUUAUUAUCAGCUUUAGUUCUGAGUCUCGCUCUUAUUUUUACUAGGUAUCUCAUUCUUAUGGCCACAAUUUUAUCACUCCCAGCAAACAUUGUGUCUAUCUUCAAAGAUUACUUCAAAGAUUAAUCUAAUCUUUACUCUGCUUUACUACAUCACAUAAAAUCUAGACCAGUUUGCAUUGCGUGCCUAGUUCCACCGGUCGAAAAUCCACCGAACGCUUGCUACGGGAGCUACAAAUUUUCCCUGCUCAGUCACUUGCGUUAUUAUAAGACCGAAAUAUUUGCACGUAUUUGUUCACUUUAAAUUUUUUGCGCGAUAAAGAUAUUUUUGCGUCUUUUUUUUACACCAAUUUUUUUAAAAAUACGUCACAAGUACUUAAUUGCUAGACGGUGACUUUGCAACUUCUUAAAAUAGUGUUUGGCAUGGAACAUAAUACUAAAAAAUCCGAUCUUCAAUCUGGUCUACGAAACGAAACGUUACAUCAUUCGCCCUUUUUGCAUUGAUUUACAGAAAUUUCCUCUAAUUCCUUUGUAUGCUUGAUUGGAUAAAAAAUUGUGCCCUUUUAUGGAUUGGGUUUUUUUGCGUGUUAUCAGUGGUGUUAUGGCGUUCGUUUUUCGGAUGAAUUUGUCUUUCGUUUCGUGACGUUUAGGGCUUAACCCUUUAAAUCCCAAGACUGAUUAGCAUCAAAUUUCUCCUUGUCAUAGCAAUGCUUUGUAAAACAGAGUGGUCAUGAGAAUUAGAGACAUGAUCACACAAGAUGUAUUUACUUGAUACUUUAUUAACUUCUCCCCACUACUUUUAUAGUAAAUGAAUAUGCGUGACAAAGGAGAAUUUUAAUUUUGAUCUUAAGGUUUAAAGGGUUAAUACUCAGGUCAAGCUAAUGACAGAGGUAAAUGAGAGACUGAUUAUAUUCCUGUUUACAUUAGGUCUACCGAAACUGAAAAGUAAUUCCACUCUCACAGAAUUUUAAAAUCCAUUCUCUUAUCGUCUCAGUAUCAGUUCUUGCGCAUCCCGGAUCGGAGGAAACUUAAAAUGGGCCACGCUCCCAGGUUACGGGAUUGUACGUAUAAGCCUGGGAAAAGAGCCAGCUUUGUGGAGCUGUCAUCGCGCGCUGUGCGUGUACGUAUACGCAAAGUACUCAUACACAAAGUACUCUUACAUAAUUACAUGGGAUACAUCUUGGAAAAAAGGCUAGUUUUUUUUUUCGCUUCCGCUCUAACUUUCGGGCAAUAACUCGAUUGGAAACGCUUGCUACGCAGGCUAAAAAAAAAGCGGACAGGUAACGAUUUUUAUAUGAUGUAGCUUGGGCGCAAAGGUCGAAGCGCAGAGAGGGGAGGGGUAAACUAAACUUGUUUUCGUAAUUUACAAGCAUUAAAAUAAACAUAAUCAAGUCAAACAUUGGCGAGCAUCAUAAGCCAUACGUUCGUAGAAAAUUAUUGAGAUUAAGCAAUAGUAUCCUCCCACGCAGGGGUUGAACGCGUGACGAAUCAAAAGCACGUCUACGUGGGAGGCAUAAACCCUUAAAAUCGUCGCAUUUUUUAAAUUUUUUUCAUGUUACUUUAUAGUUUCCGUGAGCCGUUUCAUGAUAUGUCAGCCAACUGAAUGAAAAGUGCUGAAAUAUCCUAGCCCCUUUUAAAAAAGCAAAGUUGGUGGGGUGACGAUCUUGGAGCAGUUUUGGAGUUCAUAAUAAACAUAGACCUUCGAUUCUGUCAUUUAUCUUAUACAUGUUUAAGUAAAAAUGUCCAAGUAACGGAAACAGGUCAUCAAACGUUGGAAGUUUCAUCAUUUUGCGAUCUGUAAAGAGCCUAACCUCCUUCAAUGAAAACUCAUAACCGUGCUAACUUUUCUGUUUAAAAAAGUAAAAUGAAAAAAUCUCGAAUGUGAAGGUCUCUAUAAAUGCUGCUUUUAUUCCCAGGUAUUGUUCAAGAAAUUGAUAUGUUCAAGGAAGUUGGACUGCUUGACAAAUCUCUCCCACAAGGCGUCACUUCAACACAGGGACAAAACAGCAACAGCAGCGCCUUUCACUUUACCACACAAGCUCAAAACCUCGUUGCAAAUCAGAACGCUUUUAAUAACGCAGACACGCUUAUUCACGACAGUCAAGAUUUUUGGGUCUCUGCAUGGGUCAAGCUUGAUACAAAUAACCCUAACGACAAUACCAUCCUCUCAAUUAGCUCUGCAGACGGAAAUGACCUGUAUUUCAAGCUGAAGAUAUCGUGAGUUAAACUGAAAUGAAGUGUAAAUACUUAAGCUCCCGGCGGAGGGGGGAGGGCACUCCCAUAUGAAAGUGAGGGCUUGGAUGCUCGUCGUCUCUCUAGGGUGCACAUUGCAGAUUUUGGCCUCACUUAGGGUGUUUGGGGCGGAAUGUCAUUAUAUUUGCCCAUUCUGGUAUCACUUUGGGCUGUUCAUAAAGAAAUUGACAAAAACUACCGUGACAUUGAGAAAACGGAAAUCUCCUUUAGGGGUCAGCAGGAGUCAGUGUAAGUUUCAGCCACACCCACACUGGUCUUCCUUAGGGGUUUAUUUUUAAUUAUCCACGAGCAUCCCUGUCACUUUUAAAAAUAUGGUAGCCCCCCCCCCCCCCGGCCCUUAACUUUCCCAAGCCUGCGAGCAAGCUCUCCAUUUUUUGUUGAGCGAAGCGAAAAGCGAGAGAACGUGUUAGCGGCCCUUUCGCGUGCUGGUCUUGCGCGACCUCUCGCGACUCCCCUAAAUGGAGAGCUUGCGCGCAGACUAUAGCUCCCCCGGCACUAUCCAAACAUUACAGUACGCCAAACGUUGGUAUCAUGGUUAAAAUUGUAGGCCUGGUAUUCCUCUAAUAGGCUAAAAUCACAUUGUAAUUAUACAUAAAACCCCAAAACAACUGCUCACUUUUAUUCAAUACUCUACCAAUUUCUCCCAACCACAAAAAAAAUGUGUUCCUCUCAGUACUGAAACGUCUUCCUCUUCUCUCUUUCUUUCAAAUAUUGUGACAUAGCCUACAACUGUCCUCAUUUAAAUCCCAAAUCUUUUUUAAAGCCAAGGCAGUCGUUUGGAGUUCACUCCAGCCAAAAGGAGAUUGAAUAUAUUUCUGCUUCCAAUAGUGCUAGUUUCACAAUUUACUCUAUUUCUCCUCCUCCCUCCCAUUCCUGAUACUUUACGGGCUUCCUCCCUUGAGCUUCGGAAGGCUCUACGAUACACGUAUUUCUAGUUUCAGAAAUAAUACGUCAUAACAAAGCCGUUGAAUCACACGAUCGCCUGGGGCGAGCCUGGCAAAAACACACUCUGCGUGUCGUUUUCUUGCGAAAGGGUAUACUCCAAGUUCGUUCGUUCUCACUGUUGUUUCUGAGAAAAGUAAGAGAUUGUUUAUAGUCUAGUGGUGAUGUAAACAAAUGUCGCUUUAUUUUCAGAGGUGUCAGUGCCAACAAUGGCCUUAAGGUCGAAGUUUCAGUGAGGCAAGCACCAGGGAUUGAUCCCAGUCCCAUCGAAGCUUUAUCUGACCAAUACGCGAACACGGUGGAGUACCACAAAUGGAACAAAGUCGCAGUACGGUUGCAAGAAGGCGAGCGGGUUAUUAGAAUUUACAUUAAAGACAUGGUCAUCCCCGCAAAAGUGGACGUGUUACCUCGUAUCGCUCCCUUUCCCGCAAAUGCUGAACUCCGUCUCGCUCAAGAAUUAUCAAAGGGGAGAGAGAACCAAAUCACUAUCAUAGAUAAAUUCAAGGUAAAAUGUCCUAAACGCCGAAAAUUUUUUCAGGCAAAAAGACGGAAGUGAAUUCACCACUCUAGAAAAUACCACAACAUAUCAUAAUGCUCUUUAUUUGUCACGCCACAAUUUUGUGUAAGUAUUGUUUUUAGUUUCUCUUGGGGCCAUUUUAACUCCUAAGAGAAACUGAAGACAAUGCUUAUGCAAAAUUUUGGGGUGACAAACAAAGAGCAUCAUGUUAUGUUAGGGUAUUUUCUGGAGUGGUCAAUUGCUCAAUGACACGUUUAUGAUGAUUAAAUUUCUUUUCUUUUUUCCAGGGAGAUCUUCAAGAUGUGAAGCUUAUGAGAGGAAAUUUGAACGAUUGUCCUCCUCUUACUACGGUAAUUUGACGAGAUUAAAAACCUAAAACCUGCGGUAAAAGGCCAAAUGAUAAAACUUUAAAACCCCAAACCUUAACUAUCGUAAAGGGAAAAUUUACCUCUUAACUCUAAUUUUCAAGUAAAUUUGGGACAUCCUCGUAAAUUGACUUAGAACUUUGCGGAUAUUGAACUUCUUCCCAGUCAGUGAGCAGAUACAGCAAAACCAGAAACGGAAGAGUUGAUGUGGAUCCAAAACUGGACUGGUUUUCUUACUCACAAAAUUCCAAAACCAAAAGGAAAAAUCGUCAGUCACUACUAAAGGAAGCAAUUCCUAACUGAAAUCUUUUGACACUCCCUGAUACUGAAGCAAAAAAGCCGUUCCCGUAUUUAUUCGAUUAACCGCCCUGGGCGCAUAUUAAAUUUUUGGACCUUGAGAGUGGGCGCUUAUUCGAGGCGGGCGCUUAUUCGAGGCUGGGCGCUCAUUAAAUUUUCUCCAUUCUCAGCAAGCGUAGUAGUAUAUUUUGAAACAAAACAGUAAAUGCUAAUAACAAAAAGCGAAGAUGUAACAAAGCAAGGUUCCUGUAAAAUACCCUGAAGAAAACUCCGUAUUCGGGAGUGUCUCUUGUUAUCUCUCAUUGGAGUUUUUGUGGGAGGGAGUGGGGUAGGGUGGGCGCUUAUUCGAGUCUGGGCGCUUGUUAACUUUUCUGCCUUUAGGAGAGGCGCUUAUUCGAGGUGGGCGCUAAUUCAAGGUUGGGCGCUUAUUCGAAUAAAUACGGUAUCUUUCAAAUCCCUUAGGCGUCGGACUGAUCACAUAGGCCCCCAACGCAGACGUUCUUGGGGGUUCGUCUGUGGAGCAGGAACGCGUGUCGAACCCCUAAGAACGUGUGCGUGGAAGGCUAAAGGCUGGUUUUCACUAACGACGGAGUCAGAGUCGUAAUCAGAAGCGUAGAGCUUAUAAUCUAGUGAAAACCAGAUUGUCGGAGUAGGAAGCAGAAGCAGAAGAGCCAAACCAAUCACAAAAAGUGGGAACGUGCAUUGUCCUUGGUUUAUCCUUCCGCUUUAGCCUGCGUGGCAGGCGUUCGAAAGGGGAGGGAGAGGGGAUUAGGGCGCGAGACCACGCGCGAGGGAGGAGGGGAACGGCGUUUCCCUCCCUCCUUCCUCGCGCGCUCCUCGCGUUUCUCUCGCGCAUAAAACUCCCUUUCCCUUUCCUUUCAAUUGCCUGCCACGCAGGCUACUUCCGCUUCUGCUUCCGACUCCGACAAUCUGGUUUUCACAAGAUCAUUAGCGGAACGUAAGCGACGGAGUCGUAAGCAGAGUCAGAAGAAAUGGAAACGUUCUGAUUCUUCUGACUCCGAUUCCGUCGCGCCUAUGACGCCGCUUACGACUCCGAUUUUUGAUUUUCACUAUGUCAUAAGCGCUCUUACGACUCCGCUUACGACUCCGUCGCUAGUGAAAACCAGCCUUCAGGACACGAGUAUUCCUUUUAAACUGUGACAAAGCAAACCUUAUACAAACAGUUUUCCAAUUUUUUAGCCGUUUUACAGCUAACAGAAGACUACAAAUCACUCGGUUUAUCUUAUAAAUUAACCGCUUCUCGUAAAACGCGAAGGACCGGCAGAAUGGCUGCCUCCUCGCUAUUUAUUUUUCACCCUCACAGCUCGCAUUUUGACCAUGCUGUUGUACUGCAGUCUGUACGUGCUAAACCCUUUUGAGACUCUCAACCAACCAUGCUGCUGUUUGUUCCAAUGCAGUGCAAAUGUUCUGACGCGUUACAGCAAAAGAAAUGCGUGAUGGACGGCCUUAGUUAUGACGACGGAGCUCGAUGGACCAAAAACAACUGCACCGUUUGUAAAUGCGAGGUGAGUGUGCGCAUUAUAGAGCGGAUUUCAGGGUGGGUUUUGAUUGACUCAAAACUCGCGCCAAUUUUUUUUAAUUUGGCCACGACUUCGUGGCAGAUGUUUUCCCGCGCUUGGCAGCUGCUGCAUGUAUUUGCUUGGAGAUCUGAUUGGCUCAUUUCAUUAUCUGUGUGUACAGUGAUUGGCCAAAGUUGUUGCUUUGAUUACAACAACGACAAUCUCUCUUUGCAGAAAUACAAUUUAAAAUAUCUAUUUUUUAUGAACUAAUUGAGCCUGUCCACAGUCUCUAUUUAUUUACUUAUGUGAUUAACUAACUACUUAUUUUUUUUGGUAUGUUUUCAGUCUGGACAUGUGACUUGCACUUACACGUGUAAAGUCUGCGUAGAUAAUGGCCAGCAGUAUUUCCAAGACGAGACCUGGAAAAUGUCUAAUAACACCUGCUACACUUGCCGCUGCCAGGUAAUGAUAAGAUGUAACAGGCUGUGAGUUUUCGCGAAGGUACUGAGAAAGGGAAGAAAGCACGUUUUCGUUUGCGAACACAAUUUUUGUCAGGUGCUACUAGCCUUCGAAUACAACAGUCACUCCUUGCUCCUCGCCGCCAGGGACGUUUCGCGGGAGAGGCGUCAACGUCCCAAGCGGCGAUGAGCGAGGAGAGACGGUUGUAUUCCCAAGCUAAGCUGCUACUCCCAUUUGAUGAAAAUGAAGCUCUUUUUUUCUUUCUUUCUUUCUUCUUUUUCUCCCUCUUUCCUCUCCUCCUUCGUCCUCUAUUGACUCUUGUGGGUUGUUUGUUCUUGUCUGAACAUCUUAAGAUAAAGGCAUGGCAGUGCCAAACCCCUUUCACUGAUUUUAAGGUUAUCUUUGGGUAUAUAGCAGUGAAAAAAGCAAAAAUACGAUAUCCACACACGACCUACGUUAAUCUUACAUAGAAUGAACAAAAUGAAUAUACUUGCCUAGUAGUCCAUUCCACCACACGUUUAACUGACGCCUUUCUUUCUCUCUCUCGUCUCCUUUCUUCCUUCUUCUUUCUGUCUUUUUUGCUCUACUGAGUCAAAAACGUCGUCAGUACAGAGUUAAUACAAUGUUUGCUAUUUCAGGAUGGUCAAUCCACUUGUAAUCCCCCUUCCUGCCCAGUAACCAGCUGCCCGUCUGGAAAGACCGUUUUACCUGAAGGAGAAUGCUGCGAGAUUUGUCAAGGUACUAGUUUUUCUUGUCGUUUUUUGGUCUCCAUGGAGCUAAAAAUGUUCCAGCCAUUCACAGACGCUCUAUUCUCUCUUUAAAGAUCGUCGAAAGCGCGUGUGAAAGGAAAAUCGCGCGCUCCCCUCGCUCGCUGAGCCCCAAAUUUUCGGGGGAGGGAAAGAAAGAAAAGAAAAGAAUGUUCCCAUACAAGCGGUAAAUACGUAGCCUUCUGAGAGCAUGUACACAAAGCACCGCAUUAAAUGAAGCUGCCCGCACAAGUUUCCCUUUUCUUUUUUACCUGUUUUCUUUUCCUUGUGGCACUUUUUUUUUCUUGCUGGUGCCGUCUGCUCGUGCUUUCUGGCUUUCUCUUCGUCUUGUGCCCCACAUGAGAGUUUGUUCAGAGAAUAGUUUUUUACUACUUGUGGCAUCACGAUUUUGUUUUUUUAUUUUAGAGGAAUACUGUGAGAGAAAAGGAAAAGAAUAUAAAUCAUGCGGCUGUGAAAGGACAUGUGUCAACCCUUCGGGAUCUUGCAGUUCGUGCAAGAAGGAAGGUUGCUUCUGUAAACGAGGCGAGAUUUUGAACUCGCGAGGGGAAUGUGAGGCUAACAGCAAUUGUGGUUGCAUUUACAAAGGAAAGGAAUAUAAGGUAAGUCCCAUUCGCCCUUGCGAUCUCCCGUGAGAGCUGGAAUGGCGCAGUCGUUAGAGCCCCCACCUCCCACCAAUGUAGCCCGGGUGCAAAUCCCUGAGUGUCGGUGUCGUUUUUGGGUUUAGUUUGUAGUUGGUUCGAUUCUCUCCCUUGCUCCUGGAGGUUUUUCUUCGGGUACUCAGGUUUUCCCGUCUCCUCAAAAACCAACAUUUCCAAAUUCCAAUUCGAUCCGGAACGGAUCGCACACACACAUUCAGUCGAGUUCUUAAGAACUCCCAAGUGCUUCAUAAUUACAAAAUUGCAAAAGGAGAGAGUAGAAAGCUUCAAAACAAGACCUUCAUAUAGUUGGGAUUCUUUGGGCUGCCGACUGGGCCAUGCAGGGGUUUAUUAUUUUGGGACGUAUAGAUUAUAAUUACACUUUUUACCGGCUUGAGUGUAUAGCUACUCUUGAUGGGAAUAGCCUUUUGAAGCAAGAAACGAUUAGCAUUAUUUUUAACUGGAACAUUUCCACAACUCACCUCCUUCUCCUAUCCCUAUGCCCCCAAAAAUACAGUAUGACAGUACUAACGUCACUAAUCUCAUCUUACCGGAAAUUCCAGUAUGAAAAGGAAAGACUUUUAACACGCAGGGAGAGAACUGCAACAAGCUGAAGCAUUUCCCGUGGAAACCGUGGGAGGGUAUUGUUUUUGCAGCUCCCACGCGCGCAGGUUAACUUCCUCAUUCGAAUACCGUAUUUAGAUAAUCGUAUGGCGUGGAUAUAGUAUAGGGCCAAUAACUCCACCCAAUAAUUUUGUGUUCGUUUCAAAUCGACUUCUAAAUGUGUUCGCCAGACGACCUGAAAUGACCCGUUUCCUCCCCGCAAAAUCAGCUCCAUUGAUGGGGGAAUGGGGCACGUAAAGCCUUCUGGGAGUUUCGUCUGCCAUUUUGUCUUUUCACGACAUAGAUGAAAGGUAAUUCUUGAUUGGGCGUUGCCCUGACGGGCAUCCCAAUAAUCAUCCUGGUAAGAAGGAUUUCCUUUACAUUUAAGACAAAUCUGCUCGAACAGUGUCAUGAGCUCUCAGUAAGUGGUUGUAUAACGCACGAAGAGUAAAUCUACAUCGUUGGUUAUCAAAAAUUUUAAACAUGAGGCUUUUCAAUUCUCCAUCCAUGCCCGGGACGAGGGUACUCAACAAAUUUUUGUUCGGGGCGGCUCCGCCCAGAGGUCCAGCCCCUUACCUUUUUAUAUACGAUUUUUUUUUUUUAAGAAAAAGGUGCCCCUUUCACAUACCUUUUUUAGAACUUUGCAUCUCUUUGCGUUCGAGGUACGACACCAGACAAACGAACACUUUAACUCUAUGUUAUUUAUUAGCAAAAACUUAUAAACCAGCCCACAGUAGCGCCGCUCUCGAUUCACUGAAAUCAACACGCUCGACCAAAUUACUGGAAAAGUUAUUGAAGUGAGCCGCACACACAUUCCACUAAAGGCUUUGACAGGAUUGGUGCGAAAUUUGAAUUCAGAUGUGAAAGCUUUUAAAAAAGUAAAUUCAGUUUAAUUCAUUUUGUCGACAAGUUGAUGAUUGAAUGCUCUUAAAAAUAACAGAGAAAAUUAUCCGGAGAAAUGUUUUUGAAGAAAGAAAAAGAAUCCCGGGUUAAGCGCUAAUCGUCCUUUGAACAACUGCGCCUUGUAAACAUGGGACAAACUUCUUUAGAUGUGUGAAUGCUAGUGUCAUUUCCUUCAAGCUACACUUUACUGCUAUACUGUUUCACUUAUCAAGUUUGCGUCUUUUUCCUUUACAAAUUUAGUUUGUUUUUUGCCAUAUAGAUAUAUAUAUUAUUUUUCGUAGUUAAAAUAACAAGUAUUUGUAAUUAUUAUUUUUUUUUUGUCAAUAAAUAAAAAAAAAGAAAAGAAAAAAUAAAAAAAAACUGCGCCCUGUAAUCGCGCCAGUAAAACAAAAGUUAAAAUGUUCUAUUUACACGCCCGACGCACUCUGGCCACUGUCUCCUCCGAUUACAAGCAUUUGACACUAAACCAUAUUAUUAGUUUCGUUGUACGCAACCCUUGGGUUCAAAAUAUGCCAUAAUCAUAUUUAUUUAUCGCAAGAACCAUCCAAUCUUCCCCCUCAACUGUUACCCGUCUGUACGCCUAACAAACAUAUCGAACGCACUCUCCUAAGCUCCCAUUACUCCUAGUUUAACUCUUGUAAAUGCACUGUCGUUUAAAUAGGAAUCAGUCACAAAAAUAGAACGUUUUCUCGACUUUAUAAAGCCGUAAAAUUCAUCUGUUAGCCGUUUUGGACUCUUUCACAGACCUAAAUGACAGAUUUCUACCUGAAGCAUGAAAAAAGUACCCCUUUCGGGCGGAGCUUCCCCGUAUAGACCAUUAUAAGGAGUACCCCCCCGGGCAUCCAUGUUAACAGCCGCUUAGUUUCUUUCGAUUCUCGAUUCUUACUAAUAAUUUUUUUUUUCUCUUAACAGUCUGGGGGUCAUCACUUAGAUAAGUGCACCUACCUCUACUGUGCUGGUAAAAAGACGACUCUGCUCAAUUUUUGCGGCAAAUAAACCUUAUGGCCAUCGACGUAGAAGAAGAAAGUGAAGCAGAAGCAAGUGGAAUUAGGGAAUUACUUUGUACGUUUUUUGUACCAAUUCGGUGUCAGACCGUAAUCAAAUGUAUUUUUGCAUCGCUAAAAUCUGAUUGUAAUUUCUUUUCUGUUCCAAAUUCCUCUUGUCACUGAUAAGAUGCCAUUUCCUAGAUGAAAAUGGUCACACAUCAGAAAAUUUCCGCUUUUCCAUUUUGUGUGCCUCGUUUACUUGUUUGUUUGUUUGUUUGUUUGUUUACGCUUGUAAACGCAUUUCCUUUCCCUUGAUUCACCUUUUUUUUUAGUAGAAAGGGCAAAUAUUUUUGGUGUUGCAAUUUUGUAGGUUUUGGAAAAUGAAAUGGUUUAAUUUGUUUCAUUCGUGUCGAGGGGCAUCUUUUUAAUUAGCGAUUUCUUUUUCCUGUGUAAGUCCUAUCCUUUCUGCUCCUACUUAUCUCCAGCUAGAACUUUAGAUGGCUCCAGGGAUAAUUCCAUAGGCAACAGGACCGUGCCAAUUCCGCUUUUUCUGCUUCCACUGAACGCAGAGAUAUGAAAGUUCACUUCCUGUAAGAAAAAUUGUAAUUAAAAAUUAUUAAUAUCAUUAUAUAUCAACUUUUAUUAUAUAGACACGAGUGUUGAACUGGAAAAUAUACCACUGGUAAAAUUCAUAAAAACUACAUCCGGGACCCGAGUGGUUUAUUUUCCAUAAUCUCACAAGUGAGUUUAUCGAUGGCGUAAUUUCAAUCAUUUCCCUCUAUUAUUUUAUCAAUGUCUUUUUGUCUAUAUAAUAAAAAGAACAUUACACGGCGGCUUGAAGAUAUGAAUUUUAUUUUCGAGUGGCAAAAACAAUAUUUUACUCACUCGCUGCGCUCGUUCGUAAAAUAUUGUUUUGCCACUCGAAAAUAAAAUUCAUAUCUUCGCGCCACCGUGUAAUAUCCUCUAUACAUUUGUUUUGCUGUAACUUUAUUGUAAUUUACUUGAGUGAUUCUAAGUAUAAAGUAGGUUUUGCUCACGUUAUAGUUUAGGCUUUCACUAAACCAAGAGAGCAAUGGCUUUGCUAACCGGCGUUAUAAGAAGCUGGCAUUAAAACAAGUGAUGAACAACAGCGUAAAGAAGCACUGUAAAACAGAUUCGAAGGUUGUCUGUGUAAUAAAAUGGGUUUCGUAUUCAUUGUGUGAGCCUGCCAUUUCCGAGGCUGUAAAACCGCUGCCAGACUGUGUUUGUGUGAACAGUAACUGUCGUAGAAGUUUCUUUUCCUGAAAAUACAUUCUUCGUUUAUCGUUUCUUGUUUGGUUCAGUUGCAUAUAAACACUUUCGCUCUUAUAAAAUUGGCGUGUUGAGAGUGAGCAAAUUGUCGAGCUGACCCCGAUCUCGUGAUUCAAGCCGUUGGGCAAGGAUGUAGUUCAACCAACACCACUUAUAGUAAACUGUCUCAAAAUAAAACCUACGUACACUCACCCAGUAGGAGGUUUGUUGAACACCGCGGGCGCAAGAGAACGCAAUGUUGAGCACCUGAUUUUCCUCCCCUUGGUCCCCUUCUAAGCGAACAUCAAACAAGCUUUGCUCUACCUUUAAAAUCAAUUUUAUAUCUAACGUUGUCUGAGCAACACAGUUAAGAUGGAUAGCUCCCUCAGUAAGCGGACACUAAGAGCUGGUCCCUGACGCUCUGCAGUCAUUUUUCAAUAGCUGAAUUCCCUCAUAGACGGACACCGCUCCAAAUCUCUAUAAAGGCUUCUUUUUUAAGUGAAGGGAAAUCUUAGUCUUAAACAAUUUCUUGUUCCGUUGUAAUGAUUAAAGACAUAUCACCAAAUUGCCUUUUAUUGUACAUGUAUGCAGUGUAUAUGUACCUUUUGGUCUACUCAGCUUUGUUAAGAAUUGGCUGCAGUAAGGUUACUCUGGAUCAUUAAAUUAGACAGCUCUUUACAGUGUAACAUGAAAACUAUAAUCUGGGGGAAAAAUUGUUAAGAAAAUGUUGUAUGUCAAAUUUAACAUUAGUUCUUUAAAGCACUAUCGAUUUCGCAAUUCCCAAUUUAUUUCGCAAAUAUUUCUAAUUUUUCACCAAAAUCAUGGACUAAUCUCUUUGGAAAAUUCCAAUUUUGUGACUAUUAUAAAAAUAUAUUUUUAUAGGCUAGAAAGUCCUCUUUUCUAUCUAGAAUAUCAACCAACUAUACUUCUUAGCAUAUUUGCCCAAAAACGUGCCAUGAAAUUAAUUCAAGUUUUUAACCAAAUGGAGGUUUGUGUGCUCUUUAUUAAUUUAAUUUAAUUUAUUAAUUCAUUUAUCCAUUCUAUUUUCUUCUUUUUCACCUGCUUAUAUGUACACUUAAAUAUACACUGACUGACCUUAAUUGGAUGGGGAGCUAACUGGGAAACAUUACAAUUUAUUUCCCAGCUGGCACUCAUUAUUUCUCUUAUAUUAUAAAGUUAUAACCUAGCACAAUUUCAGUUAUCUAAAGUUAAAAAUGUAAUUUCACCAUGAGAUAAAUAAAGAAUUACUAUUAUAUUACUAACCUACAACUAUGGCAUGGCACUUAAUUGCUUUGUAUAUACAGCCUCUGAUAUUGUAGUAUAAUCCACCUGUUUCCAAAGAUCGGUGAUGCGUGUUCAGUCGGUAUUCCACACUUCCUCUGAUCUUACUUAAAUACAUUAUUCAAGCAAGCUGAAAAUGUCCGCGCCUGCAUCCUUCUUAAUGGCCAUACAGCGGAGUUGGUACGUGUGCUUCAGUGCUAAAAUUGGUACGGUGUUCAGAUGCUCUCUCUAAAAAAAAUCGUCUGCACACAGGAUAGUAGUAGAUAAGGCACCGGUUACGCCGUUUCUUUGCGGAUUUAAUUAACUUUUUGUGCGGU